GUAGCCUGUAGAAUACUUGGAAUUGCUUCUGCGUCUGUUCUAGAACAGCUCCUUAACAACGACAGCAAACAGCCAUGCCGCCACGUCUGUGGCCCUCAACUCUGGAACUGUUUUCUUUGCUGCUCUUCGCUUCUGCAUUUCAAUUUCAAUCAGUUUCAUCCGAGACGGACUCUUCAGAAUGCAAGGAAUUGAUGGUGCGCUCCUAUGGUAUAAACAGAUGUGGCGAGAUAUCCACCGCUGACAAAGAACGGCUGAUGUCUCAUAAAACGACGGUGGUUCUGCCAAGCCUCUACCUAGUGGCCUUGGUCCUGGGUCUACCGUCCAACCUGCUGGCCCUCUGGGUGCUGCUGUUCCGCACCAAGAAGAAGCCCUCCACCAUCCUGCUCAUCAACCUGACCACCUGUGACCUGUUGCUGCUGGUCGUUCUACCCUUCCGCAUCGCCUACCACUUCAAGGGAAACAACUGGACGCUGGGUGAGCCCUUCUGUCGCCUGGUGAUAGCACUCUUCUAUGGGAACAUGUACGGAUCCAUAAUGUGCCUGGCACUGAUCGCGUUUGACCGAUACCUGGCUGUGGUUCAUCCGAUGGUUGGGAUGUCUCUCCGCAGUCGUCUUCUCUCUAUGUGCAUGAGUGUUGCUAUGUGGGCCGUGAUGCUCACCGCUAUGGCACCCUUGCUAGCUACACAGCAGAUCCACCCUAUCAAGGGCCUCAAUGUUUCCAUUUGCCACGAUGCACUACCCUCGGAGACACAGCGCAGCUUCUUCCUGCCCUACUUUGCCAGCCUCUUCAGUGUCUGCUUUGUGCUGCCACUGCUGGUGAUGAUAGUCUGCAAUGCCUGCGUCAUCCGCGCACUGGUAAAAGCCGGAAAGCGUUACAAACACGCCGCUUUCGUCACAGUGCUGGUGAUGGUGGUGUGCCUAGUGUGUCUGCUUCCCAGCAAUGUAUUACUGAUCUUCCACAACCUGCAUUGGCUAGCAAAGAAAGAAAUUGAAGAUAAACCUGUUUCUGAACCAGAGUGGGACCCUAUCUUUGGCUUUGUGUAUAAAACAACACCCUCGCCAAAUCUGACUUCUGAAAACUCAGAAAACAAUUUGUACAACCUUUACAUGCUCUCACUAGCUCUUGCUACCUUCAACAGCUGCCUGGACCCCUUCAUAUACUACUAUGUGUCCGAGGAGUUUCGGGAGAAGGCACGGCAAGUGCUGUGCUGUAAGGACCCACCUAAGCCCAACAUCUCCAGCCAGCAGGACACAAGCAUGUCUACCAUGUCCUAUCGGACUAAGGUGACCACAUGUGGUGACCUUCUCUCCACCUCUGGCAAGUUGUCUAUGCCUACAGAUACCAAGUACACAAAUGGGCGUGUAGUAGCCUGAUCGCGAGGUUCUGAGACAAUACAUUUUGCAGUGUGAAUUUAAUUUUUAGAGUGGCACCAAAAUCAUUGUACUAGAAAAGUGUUGAAGUCUAUGUGUUGCAUUAUCUCUGCAAAACAGGACCCCUUUUCUGGAAAGCAUUGUCGCUAACCAGUUUGCUAACCAGCUAGCAACUCACUAGGUUUCCAAUGGGAAAUUGCAUUGCAACCAAGUAAGUUGCUAACUUAGUUUGCAACGAUGUUGACGAGAAACGCACCCCAGAACCGGUUAAGUUUGCAGUGUUAAUUGCACACCCCUAGUGUAUUCAGGCUGAUACUGAACAGUGCCAUUACUAAUUCCUGCCAACUGACGGGAAGCAACUGUAUUCAAUCUGAAUUUAAACUGAAAAUCUAAACGUUUGGGAGCUGGAAAAUUGGUUCGCAGAGCGAAUCGAAAAUACUUCAGCUGUCAGCAGCUUCAUCUGUGUAACACAGCCUUACAUGUGGUGACGUAGACCACUGGGAAUGGGCAACAGCAUAA